CUCCACAAUCCCCACGGGGUUCCCAUGGGUAUACAUGGGGUAGGUAAGUAAAGGGCACGACCAUCUCUGUAAAUCUUCACGCUGCAGCCAAGAUAGCGAACGGGACCUGUGACCGGCUUUUGCCGGUGUCUUGCACAUAAAAUACAAUAUCGUUCGAGGCGUCACAUAGGGAAUCCUACCUACCUUAUAAGCCUGCAUCGCCCACGAGGGAGACGUAGGAGUUUACAUUUUCACGUGAUGAGAGGUGAUUGGCCGCAUGCUGGAUACUUAACGACAAAGAGCUACAUCUAUCGACUACGAAUUGCUCCAUACUCGCCAGUUCUACGUCGUAGACGGGGUUCUUCGUCUGGGUCGCCAGAGACUGAAUAUUCAGGAUGGGGGUUGGUCUGCUGUUUGGGUUCCUACUUGCUGCCGUCGCCCGCACUCUAAACCACCACGCCUCUUGGAAGGUGGAAGAUUGCUCCAAAUUUGCCUCGGAUACGGGUGGUACGGGGGUGACGAUCCUAGACGCGGCCUACAUACCCCAAAAUGCUUCCAUAACGAUCCCAACAUGCCGCCUAGUCGGCAGAGUUCCGUACGGCGAGAAGGGGAAUAACUCGGUUAUCUUCGAGCUCUGGCUGCCGAGUGUCGAGAAGUACAACGGCAGAUUCCUAGUAGUAGGCAACGGAGGAAUGGCAGGUACUAUUCCUACGCAGGUGAUUACGCUCAAUCUUAACCAGGGGUAUGCGGUCGCCGGGGGCAACGCGGGCCACUUGGCCUCUGAGAACAAUGGCGGCAGUGGUGCUCCCGGCGUGUAUCUGCCGUACAUGCACGACGACGAGCAGGUCAGGGCGUGGAUACAUAACUCCAUCGCGUAUCUCACACCCCCCGCCAGACAAAUAGCGACCGCCUUCUAUCGCAAGGCCCCAAAGUAUAGCUACUACGAGGGCUGUUCGACGGGAGGUGCGCAAGGCUUUGCUCUCGCGCAAUUCCACCCGGGGUUGUUCGACGGCAUCGUGGCCAAGGGUCCCGGGAACUGGUACUCUCACUUGGCGUUGUCUUUCCUAUACAACGCGCAAGUGACGCAGGGUUCGGCCUUCUUACCCCAAACCGCACUUGAUCUGAUAACCCAGGCCGUCCUAGCCAAGUGCGACACCAUCGACGGCGUCGAAGACGGCGUCCUGGAAAAUCCGCUACUAUGUGACUUCGAUGUCGCCUCACUGGAAUGCGGAUCCCCGGGGACAACAGGAAACUCGUCGGAAUGCCUCACGCCGAACCAGGUCUCUGCGGCGCGACGCAUCUACUCAGGGCCCGCCGACGCACGAUCAGGUGCUUCGCUGUACCCGGGGUUCUCAGUCGGGAGCGAGACGGAGUGGAUGGUGCAGGAGGGGGUCUUGGUCGAGGCCUUCUCGAUCCCGAUCCUGCAGAACAUGCUCUUCGAUAACUUGUCAUACGACGCGGCGCAGUUCGACUGGGGUGCCGACGUCGACGCGCUUGACGCGCGGAUCGGCGCGCGGAUCGACGCCGUGAGCCCCGACCUGUCGCAGCUCGCGGCUGCCGGCGGCAAGAUGAUCGUGCUCCAGGGCUGGGCGGACCCGCUCAACGCGGCGACCUGGCCGAUCGAGCACCUACGGCAGCUCGAGGCGUCGUCGGGCGGCGACGUCGGCGCCUGGUUCCGCCUCUUCAUGAUCCCCGGCGGUGGACACUGCGGCGCGGCCUCUCACUACCCGCAGGUGCCGGCCGUCUGGCACGCGCUCGAUGCGGUCGCACGCUGGGUCGAGACCGGGCACGCGCCCACCGAGAUUCUGGCUACGGACCCGGCGGACGAGGGCCGAGCCGGCAAGACGAGCAAGCUGUGCCCCUGGCCUCGGACGGCUAGGUUCCGCGGGGGCAACGUGAAUGAUUGGAAUUCGUUCGUGUGCGAGGGAUGAGCUGGUCGCGGAUGGAGCCGUAGAAACCUACUACGUGUCUAGGUACCAUUUUCCUGUGACAGAAGCAGCAGACAGAAGAAGGGGAAUGGGGCUGCGGUUCUCGACUGUUUUACUCUCCGGCUUCCGGUGUACAUAUCACCGCUCUCAGUCCGUAACAGAGAGCUAGAUAGAUGCAUGCUGCCCAACAAUCAAUCUUGGAGACACUCGGUCGUACGUAAGAACCUGCGUGACUAUCUGCUCGGCCAGCUGCAGGCAGCAGCAGCAGUGAUGCCAUACACACAACGGCGGGUCGACCGGGGACGGGCGACCUAUGCACUCUACACCGUGAGGCAUUUCGAACUCGUAUAUAUUGUUUAGUUCCAGCGUGACAAUCUCGCGCGGAGGAGGCGGGAAGUUCUCAUCCGCCGCGAGUAGGGCGACAACGCCUCCCUUAGCGCGUAGAUUAUCGUCGUAGGCGGUUUCUCGCCCGGAACACGAAGCGGGCUUUCGUCACCAAGAAGUUAACGAGCUUCGGGGGUAUGGACAGCUUGACAAAUACGUUGCGAAAAGGCGUAGCGGUGAUGUUAUUAGUUGACUGCUGAACCGGCUAGCAAAGAUGAUGAUAGGUAACUCUGC